UUUUCACUACCUGACCCCACCAUUUUCUCUGUAUAACCUUCCACGUCAAGUCUUCGGUUACAAGUAACACAGUCCUCAACCUAUUAUUCCUUUGAUAUUUCACACUGUCAUUCAACACCACCACCACCACUACUACUACUACUUCCACUCCAUCUCAUUUCAUCUUUAUUUGCUCAUCUUCAUUCAAGUCAUCACUUUGAUCCGAAAUCUUUCUUCUAUUUUGUUUUUGGUCUUGAGAAAUUGUUCUUGAUCAUGGAUGCUGAUGAGGUAGUCAUGCUCAAGCAAGAUGGUUCAAAUUAUCAAAUCUGGUCACACCUUAUGAGCCAGCACAUGAUCCAAACUCGCAGACAACUUUGGGACUAUGUUUGCGGCAUUGUAACAGAGCCCAAUCCAGGCCAUGAAAACUUCACAAAUCUCUCUCAACAAUGGAAAACUAAGAAUGCAGAGAUCUUGAACAUGAUCUGUAUAUAUGUACUCAAUCCUUCAGUUUCGAUUCAAUUACGGAGCUUCAAAUCAGGCAAAGAGUCUUGGGACUAUUUGGCUGAGCUAUAUGGUCACUCCAAUUGGAGACUCAGAUUAGAGCAAUUGGAGACUCAGAUUAGAGCAACCAAACAAGGAGAUAGAACAAUCAAAGAGUUUCAUGGUGUAAUGGUUGGUUUGUGGAAUCAACAAGCCAAGCUUGAGGAUAGAGAUUUGAGUUUGCUAAGCAGUUACAAAAAGAAUCGAGAUGAACAACGUCUUGUGCAGUUUCUUAUUGCUUUGAGAGAUGAAUUUGAGCCGAUUAGAAGGUCUAUACUGUGUCGAUUAUUUCUACCGAGCGUUGAGAAAGCUGUUAGGGAGUUGGAAGAAGAGGAGAUAAGGCUUAAGCCUUCAAUUGUCUCUGAAUUUGAUCAGUCACACAAAUUCAACAAGCCAUCUUUGUCUCGGGAUAGGUCUGCUAUGUCUUCUUCUUCUUCAAUGACAGAAACUUAUGAUUGGCGUUCUUUGCUGGGAGGUUUGGCCAAAGUUGCCAUUGCUUCAUAUGCGGCAGUACAGGUUUCUCGGACACUGUAUAAUUACUAUACUGAACCUGUUGCAGUUGAAUCUUUCUCAGGAACGGGAAGUACUUCGAGAACAUUGAAGAUUUUGAGUUAUAAUGUUUGUUUCCGAGAAGACUUGGAAAUUCAUAAGAGGAUGAAAGCUGUGGGUGGCCUUAUUCAGUUGCAUUCCCCUGAUCUGAUAUGCUUCCAGGAGGUUACUUUGAAAAUCUAUGACAUUUUUCAACAAUCCAGCUGGUGGAACUUGUACCAUUGCUCAGUUUCAAAUGUGAUGGAAUAUAAAAGCAGAUCCUUCUGCAUGCAGUUAAGUAAACUACCAGUUAAAUCAUACCACAGUAUACCAUUACGUAAUUCCACAAUGGAAAGAAAACUUUGUGUCGCCAAGUUUGAGGUUCAGGCAGACAUGCCAUUGGUUGUUGCCACUAGCCAUCUUAAAGGCCCUGGUCCUGGCCCUGGGGAUCAGAAGUUCAGCAAGGAACGUGUUGAUCAGGCGAAGGAAGCACUGGCCUUUCUUAAGAAAAAGGUAAACGUGAUUUUUUGUGGUGACAUGAAUUGGGAUGACGAUUUGGAUGGUCAAUUUCCUUUGCCCAAUGGAUGGGUUGAUGCCUGGGUGCAGUUAAAGCCAGGAGAAAAUGGAUGGACAUAUGAUACCAAAUCCAACAAGAUGCUUUAUGGUGAUUGGCCUGUGCAAAAGCGACUUGAUCGAUUUGUAUGCAAUUUGCGUGAUUUCAAGCUAAGAAGAAUAGAAAGGAUUGGCAUGGAGGCAAUACCAGGUCUAUCAUAUUGCAAGGAGAAGAAAGAGAAAAACAAGGUGCACAUGAUGCUCCCUGUUUUUCCUAGUGAUCAUUAUGGGUUGCUAUUGACAAUCUGUGCCAAGUAAUGCUAGUUAAGUGGUCAUAUCUAAGCAGGCAAGCAGAGUGCUGAUUGUGUUUUUGUGCUCUGCUUGAUAUGUACUUAUUUUAUAGAUAAUAGAUGGAGUAUGUUAAAAGGGUUUAUAACCUUUUGAGGAGAAUUGUUUUCUAUAUUUUGUAAGAAACUACUUCUAUGGAAUGCUGGAUUUUUUUGUUA